GGCGAGCGGAGAGCCGGAAGCCCAUCAAGUGUUCGGGGCAACUCUAGAGUCGGCCCGGCUCGCAGCUGUGCUGCUUGCAUUUGUCGCCGGUGCGCAUCAGUUUAACUUUGAUCAUGACGGACGAAACAACGCCGCUUACCGAUGCCAUUCCCAGUAGCUCAGGAUAUGUUAUCCUGCCGCCGUAUCAGGGACCGGAGCGUGUCUUUCCGGGUGGCGUUUCUCCGCGCUCGCGACGCAACAAGAUGCGGCAGUUCCAGUGCUGCAUGGGCAUCACCUUUCUUGCGAUUGUAUUCACCGCCCUGUGCCUGGCCCUGGUGUUCAGCGAUUCCCUGGGCAGAGCGGAUGGGGGUCCCAGUUUCUUUUUCGUCGUCAAUGGAUCGGAUAGCGAAUUGCCCCCAGACAGGCCACUGCCAGACGAACUGGCGGCAGAAUGGGCGCUGCAGCAGGCGGCAUUGGGCCAUCAGGAUGGUGCCCAGGCGGUCAGUGCUGGGAUUAAGGCAUUGGGAGAUAGGGAAAUACUGGAGGAGGGUCUGCAGCCCAACGAGGUGAAUACGCCGUCCUUUCGCCACUAUCGUUCCCUGAGCACGAAUCCAGAGGCGAGAAAACUGGCGCGGCGCGGCUAUGUGGAGAACCAGGCCACCAUGGAUAUAGCCAAGAGGUUUAACUACACCAAACAGCCGGGGCGCAGCAACAUCGGUUGGGGACCCAAGAUAGUCCUACCCGAUCCUACGGUGCUCCGUUUGGAUUGCGAUUUCAAUGCACGCUAUAGAAGAUCCACCGGCGUGUGUAACAAUAAACAACAUCCCAGGACUUACGGAGCAUCUAUGGUUCCGUACCGUCGCAUGGUAUCUCCGGACUAUGCGGAUGGUAUUGCUGCUCCUCGCGGUAGUCAUCAUGAACGGUUACCGCCCGCACGUCAGGUCUCUCUGAAAAUCCAUCGUUCCAGCUACGAGACGGACUCGAAUUUCACGGUGAUGCUGGCCGUUUUUGGUCAGUUCAUGGACCACGACAUCACAGCCACUUCGCUUACCACCUCGCAGGAGGGUGAGUCCAUUGAUUGCUGUGUGGCUGCCACUCGCGAGCAGCAUCCGGAAUGCUAUCCGGUUGAUAUACUGCCAGAUGAUCCCUACUACAAGCAGUACAACAUCAGUUGCAUGAAUUUCGUGAGAUCUGCUCCAGCGCCCACGGGUAGAUUUGGUCCACGGAUGCAGCUGAACCAGGCGACGGCCUUUAUCGACGCCUCCGUCGUUUAUGGCAAUCUGGAGCAGCGGCAGAAUCAGCUUCGAAGCUUUAUCAAUGGAUCGUUGCGCAUGUUUGUCACUGAUGAUGGUCGCCAGCUGCUGCCCAUCUCAUCCAAUCCGGCAGAUGGCUGCAAUCGUGUCCAGAUGACGCGACUGGGUAAAUACUGCUUCGAAUCCGGCGAUGAUCGGGCCAAUGAGAACCUGCUGCUCACAUCCAUGCAUCUGCUGUGGGCUAGACAUCACAACUAUUUGGCUCGGCAGCUGCAGGAGCAGAAUCCACACUGGGAAGACGAGCGCCUCUACCAGGAGGCCCGCAAGAUUCUAGGUGCCCAGAUGGCGCACAUCACAUACAAUGAGUUUUUGCCAGUGCUGCUCGGAAAGAAUCUCAGCGAGGCCAAGGGCUUGCUGCCAGCCAAACACAAUCUAAAUGCUCCGGAUACCUACGAUCCGGAGGUGGAUCCAACUAUUGCCAAUUGCUUUGCAGCGGCCGCAUUCCGCUUUGCACACACCCUUCUGCCGGGAUUGUUCAAUAUCUCGAGGGAUAACAGUAGUGCCGAGGCCAUGGAACUGCACAAGAUGCUCUUCAAUCCAUUCUCCCUGUGGGCGGAGCAUGGCAUUGACCACGCCCUCAUGACGGCGGCCAAUACACCGGUGAUGCAAGUGGAUCGCUUCUUUUCACUGGAGGUUACCCAGAAGCUAUUCGAAGGCACCGCCGAGGAUAGGGUGCCUCUGUGUGGACUCGAUUUGGUCUCCUUGAACAUUCAGAGGGGUCGGGAUCAUGGCAUACCCUCGUAUCCAGUCUUCCGUCGCCAUUGUCGACUGCCGCCGGUGGAUACGUGGGCGGAGAUGUCUCUGGCCAUUGACAACGCCACUCUGGACUCCAUCCGGCAGAUUUACGAAUCUCCGCAAGAUGUGGACGUCUAUACGGGCGCACUCAGUGAGCCGCCACUGGAUGGAGCUAUCUUUGGACCGCUGCUCAGCUGCAUGGUGUCCGACCAGUUCCUACGCCUCAAGCUGGGCGACUCCCACUGGUACGAAAGGAAAAUGAGUCCACAGAAGUUCACCAAAGCUCAAUUGGCGGAGAUCUACAAAACAAGUCUGGCCGCCAUCAUUUGUCGCAACUCCGAUGGAAUAACCCGCGUGAGAGAGCAUGUCAUGCAGAGACUGCGCGAUGGAGGUAAUCCCCAUGUGGAUUGCCAGGACCUGGAAGGAUCUCAUUUCAAUUUCGAACCCUGGUCCGAGAAACAGCAACCCCAGGAACUUCACAGUACUGGCAUCAGUAGGGGAUCCUCUUCGGUGCGCGUAAUGUCCAAGGCAAAUCAUCAAGUCCGCAAUGUAACUCUACAUAUUGAUAAAGAGAUCUAGCUAGGAAUGAGAUCACAUUUCGAUUGAGAAAGAUUGUUUAUUUAUUA